AUGGCGCUUCCCUUGCAGACUACAGCCGUGGUCUUUGACUCCAUGGGGCUACGUAACGGGAAGCCGAAUAAAAGGUUUGACCUCACCUCAAUCGGCAUCCCGGAUUCGAGAAAUGGCGCCUUCUGUGGCUUAAGACUAGGCAUGCACCCUCGGUCGAAGGAAGCGAAGCGAUACUCUAGGAUCUUCGACUCAGCGGAAAACUUCGUGUACUAUGCGGUGCGAGAUGAGCAAUGGACAGAUCAUUCCAAAAGUCCGUGUGAAGAGUGCAAGUGUUUGAUGAUCGUGGUUGCUGGGAAUGAUUGGUCAGACUUUUAUCACGGAAGCAUCACUGCCCACUCGAUCUCGCGGGAUACAGCUUCGCGGAUGCGCGAUAACCUCUUGCGUUGGAAACAGUAUUCCUCAACCAUAGAGGAAUGUGUCUUCGUGAUGCUCAACAUUGACAUGUUGACUGCCACUUACGACAACGCGGAGGCGACGGACGCCAGCAAAAAUGCCUACUCGAUUGUCGAUGCGAAUACCCAGUUGAUUCGCGAGGUCUUCGCGAACGAACCCAGCAUAUUCUUUCUGGAAGAUAAGCUCACAGAGUUUGAAGAAAAAGACGUAUCCGAUGACCGAUUUCAUCUUGGUAACGGCUGCGGACCGCUAAUGUGCAGAAAACUUGUGGAGUGGUAUGAGAAGAGCAGACAAUCAUGGAACCCGGCAGCGGGAAUCUAUGACAAGAGUUUGCCACUUGUAGCAGCAUCUGCUACCGUGAAUGGUGAAGCCCAACCUGCGCCGGGGAAGAAAGUGCAUAAAGACAGUGCAGCCAAGGAUUCGCAAACUCGCAUCGAUGCCCACGUCAGAGAUCUGGCUUGCGAGACCACGCUGGCGAAGCCUCGGGAGGCGCUACCAGCGCAUCCGAAUCGCAGGAGGAGCGCGCCCCAGAGUGGGCCAAUGCUGAUGAGGCGCUUCGAGCCUCCGCGCAAGCGGGGCACAGCGAGGCCGAUCCGGAGCCGCGAGCGUCGAGCAUCCUUCCUGCAGCCGCUCAGCAAGAAUUUGGCGGCACAGACGUUGUUGGCCUACGCGCAGUCGCGUCCACGAACGCCGCCGGUUGGCCAGCAGCCUCCCAGGCUUUCCGAUUUUCCUACAGAUGCAUCGUCUCGCAGGGCAUCGGAGUUCGAGGCACCCUUGCUGCCCGGCCAGCUCCAGUCAACACUGCGGUUGUCUGAGACGCUGGAGGAUGCAAAGGCAGCUUCGCAGCCGACUGCUUCGGCAUCAGCUCGUCCGGAAAAGGAAGCCAUCGGGCUCCCUGUCGGUGCGGUGCCGAGCAGGACACAGCUGCGGACGCCUUUAGAGCGGUCCCUAAAAACAGGUCAGCUACCAGUUCAUCCCGGGACAAGGUGUCUCCGGUGUGGUGCAGAUCAUCCAGAUAGCGUCUGCAGGGAUCUGCAUGAGUUCCUGCAGAAGCAGAAGAUCCCUAAGUACAAGAGACUUCCUGACUGUGAAGCUAGCUUCAAGGUCAGGAGUAUCUCCGAUCUCGACUCGAAGACAGGCACCUUUCUAGCCGACUUCCAGCUGGAGCUGAACUGGGUAGAUGCAGGGCUUCAGCGCGACACGCACUACACCGAGGACUAUCAGUCGCAGACCCUGCAGCUCUUCCCGGCAUUUGAGGCACACAUCUUCAGUCCCGAGGUGGUGAUCGAAAAUGCCGUGGAGCCCCUGGGGCUUUGCCCCCUUCCCGGCGUGGAUAGCAAACUGCAGAUCCAGGCGGAGACGCUCCACGGGCUUUGGCUCCGACGGAAGUUCCACUUCAAGGGGCUGCUGGAGUGCUCCAACACCACCUACGCCAACUUCCCGUUGGAUACCCACGCUAUACCCACCAGCAUCCGCUUGAAGGAGUGGCGUGGGGCGACACCCAAGGUCAUCAGCCCGGUCCCUGAAAUCAAGGAGGUGCGGGGAAGUCGCAAAGAUGCACAGAAGCAGGAGGCUUUUCCGGGCCACAAGAUCCCCAAGGACAGCGUGCACCUGGGUGACCUCGGCUUCGUCGCUUGGGGCGUCUGGUCUCGUCCGGCCAGUGCUGGCAGCUUUGAAGGGCAACCUGACGAAGAGCGUUACGAGCUCAUCAUGGUCGUACGGCGUGGUCUGAAGAGGCACGUCUUCACAUUUUUCAUCCUUUCCAUGGCAGUGCUGAGUGGGUCUACCUCUCUCUUCUGCCCGCUUUCCGUUGACAUGCUUGCCGGCCGGCUCUCCAUCAAUGUGACGGUCCUUCUUUCGAUGGUGGCCUUCUCUGUACAGAGGCCCAAUGCGAUUGAGAACGUCCCCUACAACACCCUCCACGACCUCUUCGUGCAGGUGUGCACGUUAAUGACGGCCACACUUGCGCUCUGCAACCUGGCCACGCACCUCGUUUGCUUCGAGAUGACGGACGGGUGUGCGGAGUGCGUGCGGGAGGACAGCUGGUGCGAGACCGGCUCGUGUGGUUCGAAGGUGAUCGACUGCGUAUUCUUCUACGUGCUGGUGGGCGUACUCGUUUCCUGUGAUGUGGGCUUGCUGAUUUGGGCAAGGCAUAUCCACCGGACUGAGAUUUGGGGCUUCCGCGCUCUUUGUAGAGACCUCCGGCCUGAUUCAAGGCAAGGACUUUGCAAAGGAGGGCUCUCCUGGGCAAGAUGUCCUCCCUUUUGCCGGCUCCUUCCGCGGCGGCUGCGUGCCUUCCAGUGCUGCUGCCGAAAAGGCAAACUUCAGAGACCUGGAAGCAAGCAGGAGACGAGCCGUGUCAUUGCGCGCCGACGAGAUUCCGUGCAGAAGGCAGGCGCAGGCCGGCGAGAUCCUCACGAAGGAGUUCCAUGCUUCUUCCUGCGUCGCAGAGACAAGUUUCUGCCAUUGCCUGGUGGUCUUUGCGAGCUUACGAUGCAGCAGUGGAAGGAAGCAGUGGAGCAAAGCCAGCAGAAAGAUCGUGCGAGCCUGCUCCCUAUCCGGCGAUGCAUCUCCCGCUUCUCGCGCUCAACGAUGGGAACCAGUGCCUUCUCCAGGAGGCUGCAGCAGCCAGCCGUCCUGGAGGGGCCGGAGACGCAUUACCUGGACCUAGGAGGUGGAGAGGUUGGCUACUACCGCUACCGGCACUUGCCCGACGGGGCGCCAUCGGAGCAAAUUACGUGCAUCGCGGCGGACAAGAUGGAAUGGCCAGGGCUGAAGGAGGUCUUGGACUACGAGGAUGAGGAGUCGCCGAGGCUGGCGGCGGAGUGCGAAGUGCUGAAGAUCGUCUUUGAGCCCGAUCUUCCGGACCCGAGAACUCUGUCCCAGGAGCACUUGGAGAACCAGUGGGUCGAAAUGCAUAAUGCCGCAUCGCAGCGGACAGCACCUCAUGGCGACUGGAGCGUGUUUCCGCACAUGCAGAACAAGGACUCCUGGAAAGAGAGGAUGGGCAGCCGUGCUCAACUCGUCGACAACUUCCUACAGCAGCGGUCCAUCUGCGUCGACGGCUGCAUGAUGUGUAAAGAUCACGGCGUCGGCCAUCCUGGCAAUUGGUCCGCCCACAUAGCCUCACAACGGCACUUCAAGAUCUUUGGGCAGAAGAUUUGCACGGAUGAGUGCGGCCGCAACAGAAACAUCGACGAAGUGCUGGAAACGGCCUGGGAGACCUGGAUCCUGCCAGGAGGAGCUCUUGCAUUCAACCACGCAGAUGGGCGUAUCUGGAUGUUCAGAGGUAGCGGGCCACCCCAACUCAAUGCGCAGGCUCGUGCACCUGUGCUCGACAACUCGAAUCUCAACCAGUACUACGGCUACGCACCCACUGCGGCGCCGUCAACGGUAGGCUCCAUGUACAAUGGGCAAGCUCCCGGACCAGGCUCGAUGGCCAAUGGGCAAGCGCCAAUGUCAGGACCAGGCACUGGAAACGGCUUCGCGCCGGCUGGCACCGGCUUUGCACAACCUGCAGCGUCUACGUGGCCGGGAGGCACACCUGCCGCCGACUCUGUGAAACUGAUCGACAAAUGUCCACAGGAGAACCGCUGGUUCAAGUUCUACCCAUCGGUGGGCAUGCCGUACCAGAAAGAUGGAGACUACAACUCCUGUCCUUGGCUGACGUCCAAGAACAUGUGGAAAGCAGCUAUGGCAGACCGGGCCAAUGCUAUACGAGAGAUCCUGACUCAGUAUGAGAUCGCGCCGAUUUGCCCGUUUUGCCCUCAAGCUGGCGACUUUCCCGGGCACUUGCCGGCCCAAAAGCACUACCAGGCGCUGUGCAACGCCAAACUGGUGCCGGGCAAGAGGAUCAUUGAGAUCUCAAAGGAGUGCUACCAGACCUGGACUGUUCCAGGCGGAAUUCUUCGGUUCAACCACAUCAGCGGCGAAAUCGCUGCCUGCCGUGGCACCCCGCCACCGACGACGGAGAGAGCAUUCCCUGCUCUGGAGGGUCAGCACUUGCAGCAGGCUCUCCCGGCAUUUCCGACUGCGGGAAACCCAGAGGCGCUCCCUGCAUUUCCGACUGCGGGAAAUCCAGCGGCGGUGCCACCAGAGUAUUCGACUGCCGGAAACCCAGCGGUGCCGCCCGAGUAUCCGACUGCCGGAACUCCAGCGGCCUUUGCACCUGGGCCAACCCAAGCUCCGAUGCCUGCAGCGGCGUGUAACACGCAGGGAGCACCGAUGCCUAACUUCGGGUUCGGCCACGACUCAGCAUCGCAACAGCCCUGGGAGGUUCCGACCCAGCAGGGGGAGAUCAUGGGAGCAUACCCGGGCUAUCCGGUGCACCCCUGGAACCUGGAGGCGCCUCCGUUCCAGCCUGGCUACCAGGCGGGUUCGACCCCGGCACCCUGGCCACCGGCAACAGGGGCUCCAACGGCGCAGGACACUACACCACGUCAGGAGUCUUCUCCUGAAGUGUUGGCACCAGGGUCCUGGCAGCCUGCUGAAACUGCAGCAGGUCAGCAGGCGGCGCCUGGCUUUGGAACUCCGGCGCAGGAGCGUGCUAACGGCUUCGACCCAGGUGCAGCGCGACAUGCAGCCACGGCUCCCGCGGCAAAGACCAUGCCUUCAGAGGAACAGCUCGAAUUCAUGUACUGGAUGUGGAAAAACUGCGUGGCCAGGAACCGAGAGGAAACCAAGCGCUCCCUGUCCCUAAUGCAAUUGCCAUCAGAUGAGCUCGAGUGCGUGAUGUGUGCAGUGGAGGACUUCUCCUCCAUCGACCAGAUGCUGGACCACUUCUCCAGCCGAGAGCAUUUCGACGAGCUGGUCAAGCAAUCCAGCUACCCCAGGCUUCCCCAGAAGCCAUUCCAGCAGCAGUUCGGCAAUGGCCGCUGGGAGCUCGACCUCUGGACUCUUGAACUUUCGGCAACGGAAUCGCAAGCGCAGCAAGGCGAGCCUCCGAUAGGCCUCUGUGAACUUCUCCAGCGCAAGAAGCAGAAGAACGGCGGUGACAUGCAGUGA